AGUUUAUCAAAUUGACCUUUUAUUAGGUGUGGUUAUAAUAUAAUUUAAAUAAUGUAAAAAAUCAUCAGGUGUCUUCAAAUUAAGCAGGAAAUACUGCAAUAACAACUUUUUUUUUUGUUAUGAUUCAAGCUUCAAAAAUUAUAGGAACUGGACUUGCAACAACAGGUUUAAUAGGGGCAGGUGUAGGUAUUGGUGUAGUAUUCGGUGCAUUAAUAUUAGGUGUGGCUAGAAAUCCGAGCUUAAGAGCUCAAUUAUUUUCAUAUGCUAUUCUUGGGUUCGCGUUUUGUGAAGCGACUGGUCUUUUUGCGCUUAUGAUCGCGUUUCUUUUAUUAUAUGUUGCGUAGUUAUUUUUCUUUUGGUAUUUACUUUUGCUUUUAAUUUGGGUUUAACAAAGUUAAACCUAAC